AGUACAAAGCGUCGUACUGUCAACACCACGAGCUUUUGCAUCAAAAGAAAAAAAAAAAAAAAAAGCUCUCUAAUAGAAAAUAAAACUACAUAUCUUAAUAAUAUUUAAUAUAAAUUAAAAAUAAGAAAAAAUUAUGUCUACUUGUACGGAAACUUCACUGUCAACAUCAGGAACAAUACCAAAAAAAUUAUCAUCAUGUAAUAAUUUAAAUAUAAUUGAUGAUAAUACAACAUUAAAUAAUAAAAAAUUAUCUUGGCAACAGAGAUUAUUUGGUAAACAACUUAUAAAUUGUAAAUGUAAUGAAACAAAUACAUUUGUUGAUAUAAAAAGUAUUAUUGAUGAUAAUACUGGCAAUACAAUGUGUGAUGUUAUUGGUAUUUAUUUUAGUUUUAUAAAUAUCGGUGCUACAUGUGAUGAUUUUACAAAACAAUUGGCUGAACUUUAUGAUAAUGUUAAUAAAAAAAAUAGUGAUAAUGAAAAUGAUAUAAAUAAAAUUAAAAAAUUUGAAGUUGUACAUGUUGUACUAUGGAGUAAUGUUACUGAAAUACUUGAUUUUGAUGAAAGUUUUAAAAAUCAUAUUAAUGAUUUACCAUGGCUUGCUGUACCAAAUCAGGAUUAUGACAGAAAAACAAGACUGACCAGAAGAUAUCGUAUCAAAUCAGGUGUACCAACAUUAAUAUUACUGGAAGGUGCUGGAGGAUCAAUCAUAACUCGUGGUGGUGUUGAACGUGCACUUGCUGAUCCAGGUGGUUUAAAUUUUCCAUGGAGGCCAUCACAUCCAAAAUCAACACUUGAAGAUGGUCCAUUAUUAUCAUGUGGUGCAAGGGAAAGUAAUGAACCAAUGUUACAUGAAGAACUACGUCAUUGUAUUAAAGGCGUUUAUUUUAGUGCACACUGGUGUCCACCAUGUAAGGCAUUUACACCACAACUUAUUGAUACUUAUCAACGUAUUCGUGAACGUGGACAUAAUUUUGAAGUUAUAUUUGUCAGUUCAGACAGGAGUGAGGAAUCGUAUAAUGUUCAUACAGAAAGCAUGCCUUGGCUCAGAAUACCCUUCAAUCAAGAGGAAAGAAGAAAAAAACUAGCAACUGCUCUUGAUGUUCAAGCUAUUCCAACUCUUGUUAUUUUAGAUCCGAGGGAUAAUAUUAUUACACUAGAGGGACGAGCUGAACUUUUAGAAGAUCCUGAAGGACUGAAUUUUCCCUGGACAUCAAGACUGGUUAAUAUACUAACAGAAAAAUAUGCAACAUCUUUACACGAUGCACCAGCAAUAAUAAUAUUUGUUGAAGGGGAAGAUUGUGAAAUUCAGUUUGGUGAAAGUGUACUUUUACCAUCAGCCGAGGCUUAUCGACGAGACAGACCAGAUUAUGAUCCAAAUUACGACGACCCUGAGGGUACACUUCAAUUUUUCAUUGCUCCAGAUGGUGAAACGUCGGAAAUAUUACGCGAAUUUGUUGGACUUGAUGAUGCUGUACCAUUAUUAACUGCAAUUGAUAUACCACGAGGUGUUUAUGCAGUUAUGGAAGAUGGUGCUGAAAUAACAGUUGAUUCAGUACAACAAUUUGUCGAUCGUUCACGUUGUGACAAAUUAUCAUGGAAUAAAAUUGCUGCUCAUAAAUCCAAAAAUGAAACUAAUGUACAUAAUUAAAUGUGUAAUAUAUAAUAUUAUUAAUUAAUUUUUUUUUUUUGUUUUUAAAUUUUUUGUAUAAACGAGAUGUUUGUAGACUCAAUAUUUAUUCAAACGAAUAAUUUUAAAUCAAUAAAAUAAGUAGACAAAAACCUCAUUAUUGUCAUGUAAAUUCAUUAUUUGUCAAUUCAUUAUUUAUUAUUAUUAUGAUUGUUUUUUUUUGUUGUUGUUUAAAAAGUUAUUAUUAUUAUUUAGCAUGUUCAUCUUAAAAUUAAUUCGUUUGAAAAGCUAUCUAUUGAUUCAAUUAAAAAAAAAAAAAAAACUAAUACACACAACUUAAUUACUUAAUUACUAGUAUCACUCUUAAACGAUAAAAUUAUUUACAAAACGCAACACUAACUUUUUUUACAAUUUAAUUUGUUUUUUUUUUUUCUUCUUUUUCAUUUCAAGUUAUUUGCAAAAUAGCAAUGAUUUAAUAAAUACGUUAAAAAC